AUUUUUUUUCUUUUCCUUCUUUUUUUUUCUCACUUUUAAUUUUUCUAUUAUAUUCUCUAUCAUCAUAUCAUCAUGCCUUGUUUAGGAGGACGUAAAAAGAAGAAAGGAUCAAUUCAUCAAGUUGGUAAUAAUUCAGAAAAAUCGAGACAACUAGGAAAUGAUUCCGCUGUAGUGCAAAUGAAGCAAGAAUAUCAUGAAUUGAAAUCAAAGAACGAAGAACAUCUAGAUGUUAUUGCGAGACAAUCGGCCGAGUUAGCUCAUUUAAGGCAAAAAUUGGAUUCAACCAACAAUAAAUCUGAUAUCAAUACUGAAUCCAUUGUAGCUGAAAUGGAAGCACGAAACAAAGAAACCUUAUCUUCUUUACAACAAAAAGAAGCAUUACUUCAACAAAAAGAAAAAGAAAUCGAACAACUUUUAAUGAAGGCUAAAGAAGAAGAGGGACUUGAAACUAUUUUAGCUGAAAAAAAUGAAUUACUCCAAUCAAAAGAAGAACAAAUCCAAAGUCUUCAAUUAAAAUGGCAAGCAGAAAGAGCUGAAUUAGUUAAACCUGCCUUGGAAGAAGUAUCAUUACAAUUAGAACAAUUAAAGAAAACUAAUGAAGAUGUUCAAAAAAGAUUGGCUGAUAAGGAAGGUGAAUUAGCUGAACUGAGAACGGAACUUACUCGACGUGAACGAACAUCUUCUAACCGAGGAAAAUCCAAUGAUGUACAAGAACGUCAAAAAAGAUUAAAUCGAUUAACAGUUGAUCUUGAAAAUGAUCGUUUGAUGAUUCAAAAACUUGAAGAAUUGAAUCAACAAUUGGAGGCUCAGAAAAAGCAACAUGAAGCCGUACUGCAAACUCAUGCUCAAGCCAUUGCUGAAAAGGACCGUGAACUUAUCGAACAUCAACAAUCUUUAUCUGAAAUAAAGUCAUCUCAUCAACAAGCUAUUCGUACUUUGGAACGCAAUCAACAAUCUUCUAUGGCUGAACUCAAAAGUCGUCAUGAAAAAGACUUGGCACAAUUGAAGCAACGAUUAGGUCUUGCAGAAAAGCGCGCCAAAAGCGAUAUGAACGACGAAGUGGAAAAACUCUUACGAGAAUUCGAACAAUCGGAACAUGAUCAUACUCAACAAAUGGCUCAUCUUCAAAAGUCUCACCGUGAACAAUUAACAGUGAUGAAAAAGGAUCAACAGGCAGAAAUACGACAUCAUAUCCAAAAGCGAAACAGUAUUAUCCUUUUGAACAAUAACAGCAACAAUGAUCAAAUGAACGAACUUGCUAUGAAUCCUCUUCCUAAUAUGAAUAUCAACAAUCAAACCAACACCACACCUACACCUUUACGAAAGACUGGAGGUCCAGCAGGAAAAGUACUUCGUUGGCCAACAAUGAGUACUUUCCAUGAUCAACCUGAACUUAUGCCAAAGGAUCCUCAUGCCAUUCACGUCUAUAUCAGUAGUGUAUCAGCCAAUUCUACAGUCAAACGAAAUCAAGAAACCAUCCAGACUUUACUCACCACAUCUCAAAUCCAAUACCAAGUCAUCGAUGUGGCCCGAAGAGAACCUGCUUUACAACAUAUGCGUAAACAAACAAAUGGACGAUCUAUUCAACUUCCACUUAUCUUUGUUGGUGGUCAUUAUCGAGGACAAUUGGAAGAUUUAGUUCAGGCACAAGAUUCUCAAACUUUAUCCGAUUUUUUAUCCCUACCUACAGAUAACAACAACAACAAUAGUAAUAAUAACAAUAAUAAUAACAAUAAUAAAAGUACAAAUCAACAACAAGGUUCCAAUUCGACUACUUCUUCAACAGCAUCCACUCCUGUGACAACACCUACUGCUUCUCGUGCGCCAUCGACAUUGAAACAACCUUCCGAUUAUAAUGAUGAUGCAUUCCUCCUUCAAGAACUUGAAAAAGAACUGGCUUCUUCUCAAGCAUUGACUACGGAUUUGUGAUUUUUUUUUUAGUUAGUUAUUCUAUCAUCGUCAUUUAUUUUUGUGUACUUGUUUCCAUAUCAUCCUCCUCUUCUUUCUCUCUUUCUCUAUCUCUCUUUUUUCCUUAUUUAUCCUUUUUUUUUUUUCUUUG